CUUUGGCGGAGGUUGGAUUUGGAUUUGCGAAGCACUGGCUGGGCCAUGGUGGGCAGUUGGGUCGUGAACGAGCGACGUGAGGCGGGUUGCUGUUUUUGUUGUGGGUCUCUGGCACAGGAAGCAGGCAGUAAGUAUCAAGCAAGGGACAUAUGCGGUCGUGGAUGUGGUCGUGGUGGAUCGUUAAUGAGCGUGAGGCCGGCAAGAAGGCAAGUCUGGGGUGAGCGAGGAAGGGAGAAAGAAGAAAGAAGAAAGAAGAAAGAGAGAUGGAAAUGGGAUUGAUGGGAUGUUGUUUAUCAUUAAAACAAGGAUGGGGCGCCGUUUGCAUUUUCCUUGUGGUGGUGAUGGAUGGAAGAGUCGCCCAGCGAAACACACAACAGUUCAGGGCAUCCACCCACAAGUCAGUCGCGUCAUCCUCACACCCAUCCUGCCACACGUCCGCCCACACUUCCCGUCUCCUGGCGUGCAUCUGUCCUUGGCGGUAUGCAGCGGUCCUCUGCAAUGCCAUACAUCCCAUGCCAGCGCUCGCCUCAGCAAGACGUCUCCUGAAAGUGUCGAGAGACAGAUGUGGCAGCCACGCACCUCGACUCGGGCCCAUCAUGCAUCUCGCACGGCUCACCGCGGGUCUUGAUUCACCCGCCACCCCGUCCCCUCCUUCUACCUCUCCUGCCCGCCCCGAGUCUCGCUUCUUGCCAUCCGCAUCGCAUCCAUUCUCCAUUUGCGUCCUUCCAUCCUGGCUGUCGUCUGUUGUCCGCUGUACAGUUUGUACUGGUCCUUGCUGUCUGCUAUCUGUCGCUGUUUGCCGCUGUUUAUCUCCCAUUGCAUUUUCGGCGGCGCGGCUAGAUCGCUGUGAUCGGCCAGAGCGCGGCCCAGAGGAAACGAGCCGUCCACAUCGCCCACGACACCGUCCUUUGGCACCGCCUCUCGCGUCUAGCAUCCGAUGUCUAUCAUCCAGUACGCCCUGUUCCAGCCAUCUGGUCUGAGCCCCGAUAGUCCUUCAUCUUGAUGUUUCAUAGGCAUAAACUCACAGUUGUUUGUCCGAAUAAAUGGCCUUUCUCUUGCCUCUCUAUCCCCCCUAUCCUUUCUCCCUCCUCUCUAUCCCCCCUAUCCUUUCUCCGUUCCCAAUAACCCUAGUCCCAAUUUACCAUCCUUACUUUCUAUAUUCCAACACUCAAGGCAUAAAACCUGUAUUCUACACCGGCCUUCGUUUGACAAAACCGCUUUUCAUCUUAUUCGCAAGGGCAUCGCGAUUGUCUUCAUCAUUUCAUCGGUUAUCGGUUAUAACCUAUUUAUUGCGUAUAGAUUGAUCAUGACGAUCACACGUUCCUGCUUUUAUUUUGACCCUGCCAUUCGACUACUUCCUUCUCUUCCUUACCUUCCCUCCCUCUCUUACCAGUGCAUGGGGCCAUAAUCGGAGUCUUCCCCCACCAAGGAGGAUUAAAAAGGAAGUAUUGCAAUCCGUCCAUUAACCGAUGCUAGAGUCAACAUCCAAGCCACGAGAUCAUCCUUUAUGGCAACCUCAGCUCAGCCUGUCUGACUUGUCGAGUCAAAGAGAGCGAGUCUUUUUCUCAACCGGAGUUUCAAUAUGUAACAUACAAGUCCGACCAAGUAGCCCCUGCAUGGUAAUCGGAAGGCCCGCAGGUGCCCAGCUACUAAUGUCUUCAUGGCUAAUCUACGUAUUUAAACCUCCUCUGUCCCCUCUCUCAAUAAUGUCAAUAAACCGCCAUCUACGAAAUCAAAAACCCCACGAACCUUCAAUUCCUUCAAAAUAUGUCGAACCUGCACCGCUAUGAUAAGGAGUCCUCGUCGUCUGGACAGCUGUAUGAGGGCGAUCCCUUCCUGGAAGGCAUCAUGAAUAUGGCUCUUGGUGAUUUAGAGACAACUCCACAAUCCACUUCAAUCCCUCAACAUCAAAUUAGCGGUGUCCAGCCAUUUUGGAGCCAGGCCUCUACUGCGGCGGUUCCACCCAGACAUUUAACAGAGACCUAUAGAUGCACCGCCCCUUCUAUCCAACAAGACCAACAACAACCUUACGAUCACCAAAAAGAUACUGGCAGUUGGACAACCUCUUCCCAGCCAUUGGCAUUUGCAAACUCAACCCAUCCCUCAGGCCCAUAUCAUCUCAGGAAUCAUAGUCGAAUCCCCUCAUUAACCUUGUCUGAUGGUGUGUCGCGGGGUACUCACACUCAGUGGCAAGGAUCGAGCACCACUCCAACCUUCGGGUCAGUACACCCACCAUCUUUAGGACCUCCUGGACCCAACUGGAGUUACGAUUGCUCGUCUUUAGGGCUUCCUCCAUUUUCGACCUCCUUUGAGGAUAUGACAGCUUCAAUAUCAAGGGGAAUAUCAAUUCAUCACGGGGAGGAGGCCAGUACUGCCUCAAUGUCCAAGCUCUCGCCGUUGGCUUCACCGUUCAUCCCCUUUGGACAGGACAAGGUAGAAGAGGAAAAAGACGAUGUGAGUUCAGGAAACGGCGGAAGACGAUGCCACACAAAAUGUGAUGCCAUUAUCAGCCAUCUCCACUCACCCACUCACCGACCCAACCCUAAGCCGUUCAUUUACCGAACCAGCAUUCUCCCACUCUCCCGCCAUGUCCUCCGAGCCCAAACCAAAGAAACUGAAAUGGUCCACUAACCCUCUGGACCGCAACCUUAACUGAACCUCCUUUAUUGGAUACGGAAACGGAGGAGGGGGAGGGGAAAUCAGUGAUAGGUUCAGAAACGUUGAACCUUGCGAUCAUGACAUCUAGUAGCAGAAGGUGAGCAGGAUGAGGAUGGGGGGAGUAAUACUUAAGUGGUCAAUAAUCAGUUGGCGAAACAAUGAUAGUCUUGUUUCGAGGGCAGGAGGGGCGUAUACUUGUUCUCUUUCUCCAGCAGAACCUCCACAGAUACAUAGCAUGAUAUGCAAAAAGAGGGUGUAAGAAUGCGAUAAUGUAUACAGACAGUACAGCUCAAA